AUGAAAAAGUGGCUGUGGAUUUUUACCGUAUUUUCACUUUCAGUGGAAUAUUUAACAGAAGCCGAUGGUGUUUGCGGAGGAUGUUUUAAAGCUCCAGAUUUCACUAGUUCGUACAUCUUAAUGGAGGCACAAACAGACCAGUCUGAAGAAAUAGUAGAACACGGAUUAAAUGAAGUGCCAAUUAAAGUAGACGUACAGGUAAAACCUAUAAAUACAUCUGAUUACGUGUUUCCGGGACUUGGCUCCGCCCAACGAGAUGAUGACGAGCCGGGUACUUACGGGGGCGUGGUCUACAAGUAUAACGACAUCUCGGUUGUGUUAUAUGUUCCCAAUAGAAAUGAUGAUAGCUCCUCUGGAACAAUCAUCUAUACAGGAAACAACACAUGGACUGGCUCCUUCAUUAUGACAGAAAAUAGGGCAGAGGUGAGGGCAAAAGUGUGGACAAAUUGUAGUUUUCCUGCUCCACAAUUCGAUUCUGACUGGUUUCCGAUAUCAGUGAAUAAUGGCAGCAGAUCAUUUAAAGAAAUUCCACAUGGGCUAGGAACGUAUCCAGAAUAUGUUUCUGUGCAGAUAAAAGACAAGAAUUCUAAUUGGUAUUCUGAUGGCAUUGGGUCUGCAAUGAAUAUUCAAUCACUUAACCAGCAGUCUGCAUGGGGAGGUGUCAUUUACGGAUUCAAUGACAGCCAUGUUAGAAUAUGGGUGCCAGGAUUUGACUCGGGAAGCUUGUUCAGUACUGCUGAUGGUUGGGGUCGAGGGUCAAAGGAAUAUUGGAAUGAAGGCUUUGUAAGAGUUCGGGUAUGGAGCCACUUUAACGGUGACCUGGUAUACUACAAAGCAUCACAACUGAGUAAUACCAAAAGAAAAAGAUCUCUACUUCAACCAUCGCAGAAAAAAGGAAACUUGCUGGACAUCGACACUGGAAUGAUUUACCUUACGGUAAAGGCAAAUGAUGGCGCUAACGACGGAUUUUCAUUCCCUGGAAUGGGAGCGGUACAGAACUCCGACCCCUUACAAUCGUUUGGCGGAAUCGUGUACGCUUAUGGUCCAAGAAUUAUAUAUCCAUGGCAACACGUCCACCAUAGCAACCAGUAUCUGAUUUACAUCAACCAAAACUGGGGUGGAGGUAAAAUGACUCAGAAGUCCAACAAUGGCAGUAUGGUAGUGCGGUUUUGGGAACCCUACUCCGGUAGCUGUCCAACCUCCCCAAUAUCCCAUGCAGUUACCAUUCACCUCGACGGCGGAAAUCCUACUACAUUAUCCCGACCAGCCACCCAACCCUCGAUGAAUCCCCAUACAACUAUUGGAAAUACCACAGUCUUAUCUCAAGCGAACACAUCAAAAGCAUCUCAGGGAAUGAGCGGUACAGUAUUAGGAAUCAUCAUUGGAGCCUGCCUGUUAGUGGUGGUUGGUGUGGCUACUGGGGUUUUGUGCGUCAUUUUCAAAAAGAAAAAGGCGAAAAUUGGAGAAAAGAAUGCAACCGAUGGAUAA